UUAAAAUGUGUCGUGGUUUCAUUACAGCUCCAAGCCCACGUUAGUGUCUCACUCUCCUCGUGAAACCUGACGUCCUGUAGCCUCUGUCCCCGGCCAACCAUGGUCGAUAUGAUGAUGUCAGGACGGGAGACAAUAUUAACACGGAUGAGGCCGAUAGUUCCAGUAGUGGUGUUGAUCUUAGGAUGCCAGGGUGUGUCAGUAGCCGGGUUCAACAUCAACACGGAGCUUGCCAGGGUAAUGGUUGGUCAAAAUAAUACCUACUUUGGCUACAGUGUUGUUCUCUGGUCUGAUACUAAUGAUAAUAUGAGGCUGGUAGUUGGAGCACCUAAAGGAAAGAACUCCACGGAGGCGAAUUAUACCCUCCCCUUAGGCAAUAUCCAUGUGUGUGACGCCUUUAGUGACGCAUGUGGUCCCGUUUCUAGCUUACCUACUUUAGAUUCUGAAGAUACAAGCAGGGUGGCGGUGACGUUUGGUGAGCAUAUCAGGAAACAAGGAAUCGGCUUUGGGGAGACGCUCUUUACAAGGGAUUCAAGUAAAUCUAAGCUGCUGGCGUGUGCCCCUCGUUACGUCAUCAAGACAAAGAAAGGAAACGAGGAAUCCCUACAAUCAAGAGGAGCUUGUUACGUCCUGGACAGCGUAGAAGGUCGAACCAUCCGUCUAGUGCCUUACCCAGGCAAAAAUUAUAUUUUAAAAAAGAAGCCGUAUGUAAACACCUUCUCUCUGACCGGCUUCGGCCUCGCAGGGAUGAGUGCCACCAUCAGUCAGGAUGAGAGGGACACAUUCAUGGGCGCCCCUUACGCUUUCUACGGCCAAGGAAUGCUCAUCAAAACCACAACAAGUAUUAGCAAUCCCGUGGCCAACAAGGAUGUGUACGGCCCUGCGACGCUCGACUUCUACAUGGAAGGAUGGGCGAUGGUCAUAGGCAAGUUCGAUGGUACCAGAGAAAUCCUCGCUGUCUCUACUCUUGGAUAUGGUAACAGCCGUGGUCAAGUGAGUUUCCAUAACACUAGAUUGGCCAAAAAAGACAAGUACAAUAUCAAAGGCGAGUUUGGGACGCAGUUUGGGUUCUGUCUGGCAGCGGGUGACCUUGAUGGAGACGGGGUAGUUGACCUUCUGGUUGGUGCUCCAAUGGCCCUUGGGAAAAGUGGUCUCCUCCCUGACGCCGGGAAAGUGAUGGUGUUCUACGCUCCAUUAAAACAGGAGCCCCCGCUGUCUCCCUCCUUGGUGCUGGAAGGGAACUUAGCUUGGGGCCUAUUUGGUAAAGCUGCCGCGUUUGCUGGUGACCUCAAUCAAGAUGGCUAUGGAGAUGUGGUAGUGGGAGCGCCGGGAGGAGACGGGAGGGUGUAUGUAUUCAACGGGGGUGUGGGCGGUCUUCACGCUACUUCCUCCCAGAUUCUCGAGGCGUCCGAAUUCUCUCCUGGUCUACGUGGCUUCGGCUUCAGUUUAGACGGCGGGUUAGAUAUGGACGACAACAGCUAUCCCGAUCUCAUUGUCGGGUCACCGGAAUCGGACAAAGUUGUCUUUUUGAGGUCAGCACCAACGAUAACACUAAUGGGACAGGUGAGAUUCGACCCCCAGGUAAUCGACGCCCAGAACAGAAGCUGCAAAAUACAGCGGCCUGAUGGGGGAGAGACAGACGUUGCAUGUUUUCAAGUGGAGAUCGACCUACAGUACAGGACCAAGAAUGACGAUAAGGCCUUGUUGAUGGAAUUUGAGAUAGAGUUGGAUGGUGAGCAACAGAGACUGGGCUUUAUGUCCCAAAUGCGGUUAAAUAAUCACAAACUACGCAUGAACCAUAGUGUGACCAGUCAACAUAAACAGACUAACCCUCUCAUACUGGACGUGUACAUCAAGCCAGGAAGACUCCAAUUCAACAUCUCCGCGUCAGUAGUGGUGGACGUGACCAUACCUCCUACAGAAGCUCCUGCAGCAAUCGACCUUCUGCAGGAUACUCAUCAUGUUGUUCCUGCCGUGAUCCCCAGCAUUAUGGAUGUGUACGGUCCUACCUCCUUCAGCGCUCAUGCUAGGAUGGGCUGUGUAGACUUGGCUUCCUGUUACUCCAAGCCAGAUAUUAUCCUUCACGCCUAUCCCAUUCAGCCUCAGCUAGUGGUCGGGGAGGAGGAGUUUGCGGUACAAGUGGUGGUGGAAAUCUCUCAAGAUAUGGCCUAUGACGUGAAGCUACACCUGAGUUAUCCUUCCGGCGUAGAGUACGUGAGGAUAUCAAGCGAGUCUCACCUACCUGUGUGUGUUGAUGAGGGCGACCUCGUUACCUGUUCCUUUGAUUUUGAUCUUAAUGAGGAUGAGAAGAUCCGUAUGACCUUCCGGUUCAGACAAAUACCGAUGACCCUAUUAGCCCAGGAAGACCCCGCACUGACCUUCCACAUGAACGUGACCACAGAGAGUAAAGACAUCAACGAACAUAACAACCAGUUUAACCUAACCAUCGCUAAGGUCUACAAACUCAACCUACAGAUUCAAAGUAUGUCGGAUCAGGAGGUGGUUCAGGCCCAACUCAACAAUAGCUUGAGCCUAGAGGACCUGAAUGACCCUUCUGUUAUAGGCAACUCUACUGCUGAUAAUCUUGGUCCACACGUUAAACAUAGUCUUCUGAUCACUAACCAGGGACCCACGCCCUUCCUCGGUGCUAAGAUUAUCAUUCAACUGCCGCCUUACCUGUACCGGACCACACUUGCCAGUACCUCAGGACCCGUCAGGUGUACUUCACCCCCGAGUCUCAAUCAUCUCAAUUUCACGACGGAGACUACUCGUAACAGUCAGACAAGAACAGCUCUGAUAGCCGAAGAAGACGAAGAAGGUACUGGUGACGAAGGGAGUCAAGGGAGUCUAACAGUGGAAGAGGAGACAGGUGCUGGGAACCUUACAAGAACAAAGAGAGAGGCAUCAGUAAGCUAUUCCACCUCCACUGCUUCUCCCACAUCUUCCACACACGGACCACACAUCGCCACUAUUGACUGCAACAGUGACAAAAUAGAAUGUGAAAAAAUUACGUGUGAGGUGUCUACAAUGAUGGCUGGAAGUUCUAUCAGUGUGGAGAUUUCACAAUAUGUCAUGGUUGCUGUGUUGAAGCUUUACCACCUUCACACAUACAACGCAACUACGAUCAUGAACGUGGAUAUCACUCAGCCGUGUGUGGUUGUGAAUGGCCAAUCCUUCACCCCUGACCUCCACAACCAGCUCUGUCAUCACGAAGGAGGAGAAGGAAGAGGAGGUGAUGAAGGAAGAGGAGGUGAAGAAGGAAGUGGAGAAGAAGGAGACGAAGGGGUAGAAGGAGGAGGGCAAACUACAGGACAUGAUCAGGACGUCAACAAAGAAUACCUUAAAGUGUUGAAGGAAGAUAAUCAGAACACAACAGGAAAUAUUGCCAGAAGAGACGAGAUGAACCUAGACAACGACACAGAAACAACGACCACAACAACGACGAUGAUGAUGAUGAUGAUGGAUGAGGGUAGUCCCGGAGUUGCCCAGAACAACCACCAGGACGACCACAAAGAUAUAAAUUGGGAAGACGUAACUACAGUACGACCCAAUUACACCUAUACCACCAGCACCUUAGUUACCAUCAAGGAAGAGGACGUACCCCAAGACCUCGCCGACGUGUUUGCUAAGGUGGGACCGUGGCCAAUAUUCGGUGCUGUGCUUGGGGCUAUUCUACUCAUCAUUAUAAUUAGUGGUAUAUUGGUCUACUCCGGAUUCUUCAAGAGAACAAAAUAUGAGGAAUUACAGAAAGAAAAGAAAGAAUUUAAAGAAAGCUUAAAACGACGAACACGUAUUGAGAAAACAGACGAUAAUGGAAGUUGUGUCGGCAGUGUGAUGGUGGUAGGGUAGUGGUGUUAGUGGUAAUGGUAGUGGUGUUAGUGAUAGUGGUAAUGGUGGUAGUGGUAGUGGUGGUAGUGAUAGUGGUAA